AUGAGGAGACCAACCCUUCAUGGUAAUGAGUUUGUCUCAGCAGAGCGCAUACUACGAGCAGCUCUGGAAGAUGGACCCAUAGGGUUCAUGCUGUUAGAGGAGCCACCAUCAUCACUCCUGGCCUUUGGUUUUGUACCUACAGGCGCAGACAAAGGAGUCGAGAUGGAGGUGGAGGUAGAUAAGGUGGUGACGGCUGCAGACAUACCAAAGCCAUACCAACACCUGCGAGAUGUGUUUGAUGAGGUGGAAGCAGACAAGCUGCCCCAUCAUACCGAGCAUGAUCUCCACCUCGAGUUGAUAGAAGGAGGGAAGCCACCUCAAGGGCCCCUAUACCUUAAGGGACCCAAGGAGAUGUCCGAGUUGAGGAGGUACUUGGAUGAGAACCUCGAGAAGGGGUUCAUAAGACCAUCGAAGAGCCCGGCACGAUCACCAGUGCUCUUCGUACCAAAGAAGGAUGGAGGUCUCAGACUCUGUGUGGACUACAGAGGUCUCAACGAGAUCACUGUCAAGAACAGGGCACCAUUGCCCCUCAUCGAGGAGCAGCUGUUCUUACUCAGGAAGGCAAGGAUCUAUACCAAGCUAGACCUUAGAGCAGCAUACAACCUCAUCCAGAUUGCUAAAGGAGAUGAAUGGAAGACAGCUUUUGGCACUCAGUUGGGACUCUAUGAGUACCUAGUGAUGCCCUUUGGCCUAGCCAAUGCUCCAGCUCACUUCCAGUCAUUCAUCAAUGACAUCUUCCGAGACAUCAUUGGAGUAUAUGUAGUGGUAUACUUAGAUGACUUCCUGAUCUUCAGUGACACUGAAGAGGUACAUGUGAAGCAUGUCACCGAGGUCCUCACUCGCUUAAGGAGCAACAGGCUCUUUGCUAAGCUGUCAAAGUGUGAGUUCCACACCAAGACAGUUGAGUUCCUGGGGUACAUCAUCAAGCCAACGGGCAUAGAGAUGGACCCAGAAAAGGUGCGCACUGUCAAGGAGUGGCCAAUGCCAGAGUCAAUCCAUGACAUCCAGAGGUUCCUGGGUUUUGCCAACUUCUAUCGAAGGUUCAUAGCCCACUUUGCUCGCAUAGCCAAGCCCUUGACAGCACUGGUAAAGCCUAUAGAACGGUUCAAGAAGUUCGAGCUACCAGAGGAGGCCCAACAGGCCUUCCACAAGCUCAUCCAGGCCUUCACAUCAGCAGGAGUGCUUCAGCACUUCGACUACCACCUUCCAACAAGGUUGGAGACUGAUGCAAGUGACUUUGCUAUAGCAGGAGUACUCAAGCAGGAGCAUGAAGGACGAUGGCAUCCAGUGGCCUUCUACUCUAGGAAGAUGUCUUCUGCCGAGAAGAACUAUGAGAUCCAUGAUAAGGAGCUCCUAGCUGUGGUCGCCUGCCUCACUCAGUGGUGA